AUCGAUUUUUGGCUACCCCUGUGGAGCGCUAGGAGCCAGUUCUAGGAAAAAGUUCCAGCCACACAGACCCUUCGGGUCUGACCAACGGCCUUCACAUGAGCAUGCUGGGAUUCGUCUAUCUGGUUCUCAUCCUGGGUUGGAUACUGAUCGUGUUGUUCCUCAAGUGCAAGAAGUCCUUGGCCGCUCCCUUUCGCUUUGGCGAAAACUACACCGAUGCCAUCGCCGAUCCGGAACGACGUCCCUCAGUCCAUGUGAUCCAGCUGCAGCAGGAUGAUGUGGAGCGCGAAGAUCACUACAUGAACAACUUUCACCGGAACACGGAGAACCUGCAGCGGUACUCGCAUCGCUCGCAACGCUCCACCCUGGAGGAGCGGACCAUCGAGAGGACCUAUCCCACGGAUGCGGUGAUAAACCCUGCUUAUAUGCACGACGAGGAUUAUGUGAUCAAUGCCCCGCCACCUUCCUACGAGGAGGUGAUGCGCCAGCCACAGGUGUAUCCCCAGGUGCGCCACAACAACCACAAGAUCAGCGAUGCUGACAUCUAGCCCACAUAUCCGGACUAUAAAGCUGUACAUAUACGCAAACUUCGUCUUGGUC